CUUACCCGCGGCGGAGAGAAACACGCUAGUGUUUAGUUUUGCCCGUGGAGAGUUUGUUGUUUGUUUGUUUGUCUCUCGUUGUUGGUGCCGACCCUUCCCCUGGUCAAUGUGCUUUAUUUGUUUUAUUUUUUUAUUUAAAGUGACGGCUUAUUUGUGAAAAGGAAGUCUUGAGAUCGACUGAAGGAGGAGACAACAAUUCACGCCGCCUGCAGAGAGAGAGAGAGAGAGUGAGAACGGAUCAGCCUCACUCACAGGAAGUUUCUGAGAUGGAAGCAGCUCACGUCAGCCCAGAGCUUCCUAUUCGAUGGGUUGUUUCUGCAGACAGGACUGUUGAGAUCAAGGAGGAAGUGACUGAGCUGUGGUGCGACCAGGCCAAUGAGCGGACCCUGCAGGAGGAAAUGCCACCUUCUAGCAUCGCUGAGAGAGGUGCACUGAAACUCAAAAGGGCUCAAAGAAGACAGGUGACCACUCAAGAAGCGAUCGAUAUGCUUACCGCUUUGUCUGAAAAUGAUUCUGAUGCAGGGAAUGCGAGCGAUUACAACAGCGAUGAAUCCUGGAUUUGUGAUACGGACAGUUCCACCAGUGAAAGCGAGGAAGGUGCCAGUGAUGAGCCACGCCCACAAAGAGGGCUCCCCAGGCGCAGAAGAGGUCGUGGCAGAAGCAGCAGUCCUGGGGAAUCCUCCGCAGUGCCGGCCGCUUUGCUUUUGUCGUCUCCUGAAGCAGCUGCAGGCAUGCCAGUCAUGCCAGCCGCUUUACCAGCAGCAGGAACAAGGACAGCGAGUCCAGCUGCGUCGCCAGCUCGAGCAGGCGUUCAGGAGACUGGGAAGGAUGGUACUAUUUGGGAAAUUAUAAGUCCCACUGUUGACGCUGUGGGAAGACGGGCUGCACAAAAUGUUUUCACUGAAACCUCAGGUCCCACGCCGUACGCAAAACGCAAUGUCAGUAGCAUUCUUAGUGCUUUUCAUUUACUGAUCGAUAAGCGAAUGCUGCAUCACAUUCAGCGCUGUACUGUAGCAGAGGCACAUAGGACACAAGGUGAUGAUUCCUGGGCAAUGUCGUUGGAGGAAUUAGAAGCGUUUAUUGCAAUCCUGUAUGUUCAUGGAGCGUGCGGUGGCAAAAGCCUUAACCUGGAGCGCCUUUGGUCUACACAAUGGGGAAUUGCUUUUUUCGCAGAGACAAUGCCACAGAGUCGUUUUCGAGAAAUCUUGAGAUUUUUGCGUUUUGAUUUGAGAGCGACGAGAAGUGCCCGCCUUCAGACAGAUAAAUUUGCCCUGGCAUCGGAAAUUUGGAACGGCUUUAUUGAAAACAGCAUUGCCUGCUACAAGCCGGGAGAGAACCUUACAGUGGGUGAGCAGCUGUUUCCAACUAAAGCACGGUGUCGCUGGACACAAUACAUGUCAAACAAACUUGACAAAUUUGGGAUCAAGUUUUGGGUGGCAGUGGACGUUGAGUCCAAGUACGUGGUGAAUGGUUACCCCUACCUGGGCAAAGAUGAAACUUGCCCAGCUGGUCAGAGACUGGGUGACAGUGUGGUACUUAGACUGAUGGAACCAUACUUAGGAAAAGGGAGGAAUGUUACCACUAUCGAUUUUUUUACCUCACUGCAAUUGGCAAAAAAGUUGAAGAAAAACCAAAACCAGCCUGGUUGGAACAGUGAGCAAAGCAAGAAGAGAGCUUCCACCAUCUGCGCAAAACUUGCAACCUCAGCUGUACUCCAGUACAAUUUUGAAACACAGUGA